CAAUAUCCUCAUUCUCAUUUGCCAAAACUCACUCACUGCUGCAUUUUUUCUUUGACACCAAUUAGGCAUGGAGCUCUUCUACGCCUCUGUCCUCUGCCUUUUCGUCCUCCUAGCCAUUCUCUCCCUCCACUUCCUCAUCUCCUCUAACCCUAAAAACCUUAAAAACCUUCCACCCGGCCAAACCGGGCUCCCAGUUAUUGGCGAGACCCUCCAGUACCUAGCGGCCGGGUGGAAGGGCCACCCUGAGAAAUUCAUAUUCGACCGCGUAUCCAAGUACUCGUCCUACGUCUACAAAACCAACCUCAUGCGCGAGCCCACGGUGGUCUUCUGCGGCGCUGCGGCCCACAAGUUCUUGUUCUCCAACGAGAACAAGCUCGUCCAGUCGUGGUGGCCCAGCUCCGUCGACAAGAUCUUUCCCUCUUCGAACCAGACCUCGUCGAAAGAAGAGGCCAUCAAGAUGAGGAAAAUGCUGCCGAAUUUCUUCAAGCCGGAGGCGUUGCAACGGUAUGUUGGGAUCAUGGACACCAUCGCGCGGCGCCAUUUUUCCGCGGAAUGGGAAAAUAAGGACCAGAUAGUCGUUUUCCCGCUCUCCAAGCGCUACACAUUUUGGCUCGCGUGCAGGAUAUUUCUAAGCAUUGAAGACACCAAAGACGUAGACAAAUUCCUAGAGCGAUUCAACUUACUGGCCGAGGGGCUACUUUCGCUGCCCGUGGAUUUACCCGGGACACCGUUCAACCGGGCGAUAAAGGCGUCGGAUUACAUACGGAAGGAUCUGGUGGGGAUCAUAAAGCGGAGGAAGGCGGAUUUGGCGGAGAAAAAGGCAUCACCGACGCAGGAUAUCUUGUCACACAUGCUCUUGACAGCGGACGAGGACGGGAAGUACAUGAAGGAGAGUGAUAUUGCUGAUAAGAUAUUGGGGUUGUUGGUUGGUGGCCAUGACACGGCUAGCUCUGCUUGUGCUUUUAUUGUCAAGUAUCUUGCUGAGUUGCCUGAGAUCUAUCAUGGAGUUUACCAAGAGCAAAUGGAGAUUGCCAAAUCAAAGGCUCCAGGUGAAUUGUUGAACUGGGAUGAUAUCCAGAAGAUGAAGUACUCAUGGAACGUGGCUUGUGAAGUGUUGAGGCUUGCUCCACCUCUUCAAGGAGCCUUCAGAGAUGUGUUAACUGAUUUUAUGUACCAGGGCUUCUCUAUUCCAAAGGGUUGGAAGAUAUAUUGGAGUGCUCACUCGACGCAUAAAAACGCCGAGUAUUUCCCAGAACCUUAUAAGUUCAACCCAUCAAGAUUUGAGGGGGCUGGACCUGCUCCUUACACUUUCGUACCGUUCGGUGGAGGGCCUAGGAUGUGCCCCGGAAAAGAGUACGCUCGUUUGGAAAUACUUGUGUUCAUGCACAACCUAGUGAAGAGGUUUAGGUGGGAGAAAUUGAUUCCGGAUGAGAAGAUCGUUGUCAAUCCCAUGCCAGUCCCUGAGAAGGGUCUUCCAGUUCGUCUGUUUCCUCAUAACAAAGCCUAAAUUUUGUUUUUACUAAACUGUUACAUCACACGGCCGGAACUAUCAUUUGGUGGUCUGGGGGCACAGCCGAGCUCAAGGGCAACGUUUCUCUCAUGGUCGAUGGCCAUGUGGUGAAAAUGGCUCGAUUCAGACUGGAUAUCUCUCAUGAAUUACCCGUAAAAAUUCUAUUUACGUGUAAGCAGAGCCAUGCUUGUCCUAAACUUCUUCUUCUUCUUCUUCUUUUUUCAGUUUUUGUUCCUGUUUAUCUAUAGAAAUUUGUUGUUUCAUUUCAUUGAAAUCCAUCGUAAGUUAUGUUCGGAUCUUAAAUUCAUCCUAAAAGGAAAAUAAAAUCCAGGUUAGAUUUUGUCACUAA